CGUACAGUAUUUCCUUUCUUUCUUUUUUUAACUUAUUUUUAUUUUUAUUCUCUCUCUCUAUCUAUUUCUGCUCUAUAUCUCCCCAAGUAAGAAGAGUCUCAUUCAUUUGUUCAUCUCUUUUUACGUCCCAUCAUCAAACACAAACACAAACACAAACUCUCUCUCUUCUCUCUCCCUUCUUCCUCCUGAAAACCCUCUCAUUCUCACGAAUAAAGAAACUCAGCACGCAAUCUAUUUCCCGUGAAAAGAUAUUCACUAACUCAUACAAUAACAAUAACUCAGCACCGCCCUCUCUUUUUGACAAGAAACGUAACACCAACUUGUACUACUAUCGUUACUACACUCUUAUCAGCCCAAUAAAAAACCGUGCCGGCCGUAGGAAGUUUUCAAGGUAAGAACCCUUCUGAUUACUCGGUCAAAUAAUUGGCAAAAAUACUACCAAUUAUCACUCUCAUGGACUCGACAUCUGGAGGAGCCACUGCACCCGACCCGAAUAGUGGAGAACCUUGUCCAUCAGCAGCAACAGCAGGAUCGUCUUCAGCAUCGCAGCCACAACAGCAACCGGAGGGAUCAUCACCGCCAGCACCACCAAGUAGAUACGAGUCACAGAAGAGGAGAGACUGGAACACUUUCUUACAGUACUUAAAGAACCACAAGCCACCUUUAACCCUAGCUCGUUGCAGUGGUGCACAUGUGAUUGAGUUCUUGAAAUACUUGGAUCAAUUUGGUAAGACUAAAGUCCACAUAACGGGUUGUCCUUAUUUUGGGCACCCGAACCCGCCAGCACCUUGUUCUUGUCCACUAAAGCAGGCUUGGGGUAGUCUUGAUGCGCUAAUCGGACGGCUUAGAGCUGCUUAUGAAGAAAACGGUGGACUGCCAGAAUCAAACCCUUUUGGGGCUAGAGCUGUUAGGAUUUAUUUGAGGGAAGUUCGAGAAGGUCAAGCUAAAGCCAGAGGGAUUCCUUAUGAGAAGAAGAAGCGAAAAAGGCCUAAUGUUGCUGUUGCCGUAGCGAGUGUGUCGGUGGAGGCAGCUGCUGGUGGCUCUAAUAGUGGCGGUGGAGAAGGAAGUGGUGGUGGUGGUGAUAGUAGUGCCGCCGCUACAAGUGCUGCUGCGGCCGCUGCUACAACUACCGUAUAGCUAGUGUAAUUUUUUUUUCUCUUCUAAUUUCAAUGUCCUAUCUUAAUUGUGAUUAUUAAGAGAUAUUUAUGAUCUCUGACGAUUUUAUAAACGGGUCGACUGUCGAGCCAUUGAGCAAAA